AUCUCGUAAAAGUAUAUUUAUGUAGUGCGGUAGUAUGUUUAAAUUUCAUUUUCAUUUUUGUUUAUAAUAUUAACAAAUACAAAAAUGUUGAUUGAACCGAAGUUAACAAACACGUCAAAAAAUUAUGGUAUACCACCAGAAAAGCAAAAUCCUUUGUUGCAAAGCUUAGGUACUCCUCAUAUAGAUUCCUUUAAUUACAUGCUAGAAGAUGGUUUAUCAGAAGCUGUUAGAGAUAAUCCACUUGUUCAUAUUCAUCUCCCAAAUGAAGAUAAAGUAGUAUUAUGGAUUGAUGAUGUAUCUAUUCAUCAGCCUAGUGUACCAUCAGGUACAAUUGGUGUAAAAAGUCAUAAAAUUUAUCCUACAGAAUGUCGUCAGCGGGGAUGUACUUAUAAAGGAAAAAUAACAGUUAAAUUGGGAUGGUCCAUCAAUAACAAACUGCAACAGACUCUUGAAAGAGAUUUAGGAGAAAUUCCAAUUAUGAUAAAAUCUAAUCGAUGUCAUUUAAAUAAAAUGGGUCCUAAAGAUUUAAUUACUCAUGGAGAACAUGAGCAAGAAUGGGGUGGCUAUUUUAUAAUUAAAGGACUUGAAAGAAUUAUAAGAAUGUUAUUAAUGACAAGAAGAAAUUAUCCUAUUGCUAUUAGACGAUCAGGAUGGAAAACUCGUGGCACACAGUUUAGUGAUCUUGGUUUGCUUUUGAGAAGUGUACGGGAUGAUAAUACUACAGUGACUAAUACUUUGCAUUAUGUAACUGAUGGUUCUGUAAAAUUAAUGUUCUCAUGUAGAAAAGUUUUAUACUAUGUUCCACUGAUUGUGAUGUUAAAAUGUUUGGUUGAUGUCCCAGAUAUUUUUAUUUACAAUGCAUUAACAGCUGGAUACGAAGAUGAUUUAUAUUACCAAGGUUGUAUUUUAAAUAUGUUAAGAGCUAUACACGAACAGGGUUUAAAUAGUCAUGAAGAAUGCAAAGUUUAUAUAGGGAGAAUAUUUAGAAUUAAAUUUUUUGAAUUACCUCAAGAUGCCACUGAUACCGAUGUUUGUGACUUUAUUAUUAAACAGUGUAUAACAAUUCAUCUUGAAGAUCCAUUAGAUAAAUUUUAUUUACUUAUAUUUAUGACAAAAAAGCUAUUUGCUCUUGCAAAUAAUAAAUGUGCUGUAGAAGGUGCUGAUGCAGUAAUGAUGCAGGAAUGUUUAGUAGGUGGUCAUUUAUAUUUACAGGUAUUGAAAGAAAAAUUAUACAGUUGGCUAACUGGUCUUAAAAUGAGUAUUUUGAAACGUGCAAGAAGUGCCGGUAAUAGGUAUAUCUUAAACGUGCAGGAAAUGUUAAAUAUAAUGAAGCAUGGAAACUCAUUGGAAUCGCAGAUGGAAAAUUUUUUAUCUACCGGAAAUUUAAGAUCAUCAACAGGUUUAGGAUUGAUGCAAAGUACAGGACUGACGAUUGUUGCUGAAAAUAUUAAUAGAAUGCGAUACAUGAGCCAUUUUCGUGCAAUACAUAGAGGUUCUUUUUUCCAAGAAAUGAGGACUACAGAAGCUAGACAAUUAUUGCCAGAUGCAUGGGGUUUUAUCUGUCCUGUACAUACACCCGAUGGUGCACCUUGUGGUCUUCUUAAUCAUUUAACAAUGAAUUGCAUCAUUACAAAACAUCCAGAUCUAAAAAUAAAAGCUAAUAUUCCUAUCGUACUAAUGGAUCUUGGAAUGAUUCCACUAUCAAUUGCUGAUAACUGGAAAAACUCUUAUGUUGUUAUGUUAGAUGGAAAACUAAUUGGAUUAAUAGACGACAGUAUAAUUGCAAGGGUAACGGAUAAAUUGCGAUUACUUAAAAUAAAAGGACAAGAGAUUCCAUAUACAAUGGAAAUAGCACUGGUACCAAAAAAAACUGUACCAGCACAAUAUCCAGGAUUAUACUUAUUUACAAGUCCAGCUCGUAUGAUGAGGCCAGUAAUGAAUUUAGCUGCGAAAAAAGUGGAAUAUAUAGGAACAUUUGAACAAAUUUAUUUAGAUAUCUGCGUUACACCUGAAGAGGCCUAUGAGGGACUAACGUCACAUCAAGAAUUAUCAAAAACAGCCUUUUUAAGCAAUUUAGCAAGCCUCAUCCCUAUGCCAGAUUGUAAUCAAAGUCCACGAAAUAUGUACCAAUGUCAGAUGGGUAAGCAAACAAUGGGUACUCCAUGUCAUACAUGGCAAUUACAGUCUGAAACCAAAUUGUAUAGAUUACAAACACCUGCAACUCCGCUCUUUCGACCAGCACAUUAUGAUAAGAUCAAUCUUGACGAUUUUCCUAUGGGUAUUAAUGCGAUAGUUGCUGUUAUCUCUUAUACAGGAUAUGAUAUGGAAGAUGCAAUGAUUAUAAACAAAGCAGCAUAUGAUAGAGGUUUUGCAUAUGGAAUGAUUUAUAAAUCUGAAUUUGUAGAUUUAAAAGAUCAAAAAAGCUACUUUGCAAGAAAUCCUGAUAAACUUGAUCUUUUAGAAAAAUUAGAUGUCGAUGGUCUUCCUAUACCAGGUACAAUUAUUACGGAAGGUGAUAUCUAUUAUUGCUAUUAUGAUGCUGAUCAAUCAACAUAUGUCACUGGUAAAUAUCAUGGAAAGGAAGAUGCUUAUGUUGAUAAUGUAAAACUUUGUGGAACAUUACACAAUCAUAUUCCACGUAGAGCCUGUAUUACUUUUCGUAUUCCACGUAAUCCGAAUGUUGGAGAUAAAUUUGCUUCAAGAGCAGGUCAGAAAGGUAUCUGUUCACAAAAAUGGCCUGCAGAGGAUUUACCAUUUACAGAAACUGGUAUAAUUCCCGAUAUUGUGUUUAAUCCCCACGGUUUCCCAAGUCGUAUGACAAUAGCUAUGAUGAUUGAAGUAAUGGCUGGAAAAUCAGCAGCUAUACAUGGAUUAGUGCACGAUGCAACAUCGUUCAGAUUUAACGAAGAUGAAACAGCAGUUGAAUAUUUUGGAAAAUUGUUAGAGCGCGGUGGUUAUAAUUAUUAUGGGACAGAAAGAAUGUACUCAGGAAUAGACGGAAGGGAAAUGACUGCCGAUAUAUUUUUUGGUGUAGUACAUUAUCAACGGUUACGUCACAUGGUUUCAGAUAAAUGGCAGGUUAGAAGUACCGGGCCAAUUGAUCUUUUGACGAGACAGCCUAUAAAAGGUAGGAGAAGAGGUGGUGGUGUUCGAUUUGGAGAAAUGGAACGAGAUUCAUUAAUAUCUCACGGUUGCUCAUUUUUACUUCAAGAUCGUCUUUUCCACUGUUCAGACAAAACUACGACUUUAGUUUGUCAAAAAUGUGGAACAUUAUUAGGCCCAGUAAUGGAAAUGGCUUUAAGUACAUCAGGGUUAAGUGCCAACGCGAGAUGUCGCCUUUGUGGCGAUAAUGAAUCUGUAAGAGAAGUUGACAUACCAUAUAUCUUUCGAUACCUUGUAACUCAACUAUCAUCUUGUAAUAUUAAUGUGAAAUUGUCAUUUGCCGAAAAAUGAAAAAAGCAGCAAUGAAAGUUUAACAGAUAUACUUUUGUUGUAUUUUAUUCUAAUGAUAAUAAUACUUUAGUUUUCCUAACAUUCCAUAAACAAUUUACUUACAAAUUUCAAUAACAUUAUUCUAUAAAUAUGUCCAUCCCGUUAUUCCAUACUUUGUAACAGUUAUGUAUUAUACAUGCUUUAGAAGAUAAUCUGCAGAAGGAAUGUUGAUCUAAUUGAUUAUAUAUAUAAAUUUACCUUGGUUAGUUGAA